AUGUCAUCACCACCAAAGAAGUUAACAACGACACAAGUAGUGCAACAUGUUGAAUCAGAUAACACACCACCAACCGUUGUACAAUCCGCCAAGUCAAUGUUCAACAUUGGUAGCAAGGCAUCAACAUCAUCAACACAAAACAUCGACCAAGACAACAACAGCAGCAGUACAAGUACAAGUAGUAGUGGCAACGAUAGUAAUAAUAGACCAGGAUCACCAAGUGUUAAACUUCUUGGAAAGGCAUUCGAUACAACGAUCGAUAAGCAUCUCCAUCAACAGUUCAUCUUGACCAAGAACUCGUCGUCUCAAUCACCGACCAAGCCAAACUUUGUAAUCAAUCGUAACAGGAACACUUCAACCACAGUCUCUGUCGUUGGUAAGCCCCAGCUCUCGACAUCCCCCAGCAGCAGCAAUUCAUGUGGAGAAGCACAGACAUCCAACAAAGAUGAGACCAAAGUGGAGUCUUCCCAAUCCCCAACUGUAGCUCAACCCCAGCCUCAGCCCCAGCCCCAGCCCCAGCCCCAGCCCCAGACUCAACCUCAAACACAGACUUCAUUACCAACUCCUACAUCUCUGCCACUGGGACUUGGACAACAAGUUGGUUCACCAGAGAAGAAACAGCAGGUAUCGAUUCAUGAUCAAGUUCGUUUCGUACCUUAUGUUGAGGAGCAGGAACAACAGCAACCUGUACAAUCUGAGGUGGAAACAACAACGACAACAAAGACGACAGAGCCAGAGCCAAUUCAAUCUACUACACCACCAUCUACCAGCUCUGGAAGCAUACACAACAUACCCACUGCUAUCAAGAAGCGCUCAUGGAUGCAGUCGUCCCCACCAACGACUCCACCACAUUCUCCAUCAUCAUCUCCUCCUCCAAGUAGACUCAGUGGACAAUUCCGUCAUACACAUGUCGCUACCACACCCAUUGCCACUGCCACAACGACAACGACAACUCCAUCAUCGACGAUGACAGAUCAUCUGACAAGGGUCAACCCGGUUACCACUCCACUGUCACUGCCAACUCAAUCAUCUCCCUUGGCAAAGUACGACUCGUUAUCAUCAUUGUCAUCGACCCCUUCGACUCCUUCGACACCUCUGUCACCCACGCAACAAGCAACAUCUCCGCGAGCUGACGACUCCCCUCGUCGCAACUACCAAUCACACCGCGUUGCAGGCGAUUGGAAGAAGGACAUGUUUACCAAAGGUGUCACCAGCAACCUUGUAUCCAAGGAAAGACGAGCCUUGAUUGGAUCACGUGACUCAUCUCCAUCAUCCCCAUCAUCAAGUUCAGUGCCCAGCCUCGAUAUGUCUACCUCACCACCAACAUCAUCUAUGUUGUCGAGUGCCGUUCAAAUGCGCGAUGACCAUUCAACAACAUCGACAACAUCAUCGACAGGUUCAGGUGCAGGAUCAGGAUCAGGUGUGUUGGACGACCCGGAUAUCAACGGACUGGUCAGCAAGUUCCAGAAGAGGAAUGGUGGAGGCAGUAAGCUGAAACUGUCCACGCAAGACGUAGAGUGGAUCACAACAAAGUUCUACGAGGACAGCAACAAGGAAGCUUCCAUCACUAUCAGCCCAACACGUGCGACACAACAAUCAGAUGUUGCUGUUGUUGGAGGUGGUGCCAAUGUUAACUCAUCUGCAGUUGGUGGCGGCGACAAGAGCAAGCAACUUCAACAACAACCACAGCAGCAACAACACCAACAACAGCAAGGACAGCAAUUGACCACAAGUGUUGGUACACACCUCUGCAACAGUCCAUUGAAGACUAGCUCAAUCAAGAAGUAUAGGGCACAAGGCAACUCGAACAACAGCAACAGCAAGGGCAACUCAAUAGGUUCGUCCAAGCCCUCAACGGCCGAUUCGAGCGAUGACGAAGAUGAGGUGUGCAACCCCAACAACUACCCAAGCUACAGGUAUCUGGAGGAGGUGGGCAAGCGACGACACAUCCCCGCCGAGUGCAGUCGCCGACCAGGCCUCAAGUCGCCGCUGUUCCUCAGCAUCCCCUCGUUGGCGCAGCCGACACAAUUCCACACGCACUCUCCCGAGAAGCUCGGCUCCAACAUCUCCACAUCGGUCGAGGAGAACAGUCAUCAAGAUCAAUCAUUGCUCUUCAACAAUCAGAUCCUCAACAGGGUGGCUCACGACAAGGACCUCACGCUGCUGUUCUUCCCCGUGCUCAAGAGCUCGACGAGGAUCGUGGCGCAGCCAAGCGGGCUCUCGAGUCAGCCCAGCAACAAGAGCAACGGUGUUGCUGUGCCCAACAAUGGCACCAACAACAAGGCCAUCAACACUUCGGCCACCAAGCCCAUUUCAUCAUCGGCCAAGUCAGACUCUGGUGAGAGCUCAGCAUCAUCGCAUCACUCUUUCAUGUCCAUGUCAUUGUCCCCGGGAACACCCUCUCCACCCCAGUCAUUCUCGCCUCUCUCAGAGUCAAUCAACUUUGUAACGGCAUCAGUGUCACGAGCGAAUGAGCAGCGUAGGUCUUACUGGCCACAUCGAUCAACGACGAGCAGCAACGACAGCAAGUCACCUUCGCCCAGCUCGCCAUCGGCCACGCCACCAGGCCUUGCUGACUCACCACCUUCAAUGUCACUGGAUAAUCAUCAUCACUCCCCAUCAUCGGCGCAAGCAUCGCCACAGACACCCUCACCAGUGUCCAGCGCUGGUGCGAACGAUCAGCCCAAGCCAAUAUCUCCACCGGCGGCCGUCACCCCGCCGCACCCCUUCGAGGAGGAGUUCAAGGGAAGAACCGACAUCUACUUUACGACGCACGAGGCGUCGCACAAGAAGUUCGCCAAGAUCAAGUGUGGCUCAUUGGACGCGCUGGUCGAGAUCCUGACCUACCACAACGUACAGGUGCCCAACUUUGUCGAGACAUUCCUGCUCACUCACAAGACAUUCACAACAUCAGAGAUACUGCUGCAAAAGUUGAUCGACAAGUACAAUGAGGAGCCAGUGCACGACGAGGAGGACGAGAACAACAUGAGCAGUGAGCAGAUGGAGAAGCUGUCGCAGAUGUCACGUUCCAUCAAGCUGAGGGUGUGCAGCAUCCUAAAGAUCUGGAUCGAUAAGCACUUCUAUGACUUUGAGCGCAAUCCAGAAUUGUUCCAACAGUUUCAAGAGUUCAUCGAAGGCACACUCUGCGAGGAUGGCAUGGAGAAGAUAUCACAAAACAUUCAAAAGACCAUAAAGUCAAAGCAGAGCAAUGACAACAUGGACAAGAGCAUAAAGACAAACAAACAACCUAUACCAAUUGUACCAACACUCAAACAAGAUCAAAUGAUCACACUAUUCAGUAUGGAUGAUCUGGAGAUUGCCAGACAACUGACAUUGAUUGAACAUGAAGCAUACUCAUUGAUCAAGCCGAAUGAAUGUAUUAAUUUAGCAUUCAGUAAGGCUGGCAAAGAGGAGAAUGCUCCAAACAUCACAAACAUUAUCAAGCGAUCCAAUACGAUUCCCUUGUGGGUGGCCACCGAGGUGGUCCAAGAGGAGAGGAUCGCCCGCCGCGCCAACAUCAUCAAGAAGUUCAUCAACGUGGCCGAGCACUGCAAGAACAUGAACAACUUCAACGGCGUCAUGGAGAUCCUGUCCGGCCUGAACCUGACGCCCGUGCAUCGCCUGAAGCGCACAUGGGAGACGAUCCCCAGGAAGUACCUGGCCAUGUUCCGCCACCUCAACUCAUUGAUGGCCUCCAAGCACAACUACAAGGUGUACCGAGACAUCCUGCAUACAAAGAGUCCGCCCAUCCUGCCAUUCCUCGGUGUCUACCUCACUGACCUUACCUUUUUGGAGGAGGGCUCGCCCGAGACCCUGGAGGGUGGCCUGAUCAACAUGGUCAAGCGAUACCAACUGUCGGCCAUCAUACAAGAGAUACAACAAUUCCAACAGAUGUCCUAUCCCUUUGUUGUUGUGCCCAUCAUUCGAGAAUUCCUUCUCCAGUCCAAUGGUCUACAAUGGAGUGGUCUAUUGAAACAUUCAAGGAUAUUGGAGCCCUAA